AAGCCGGGAAGCCUGUCCUCUAUUCCUAUUUCCGAAGCUCCUGUUCAUGGAGAGUUCGAAUAGCUCUGGCACUGAAAGGCAUUGACUAUGAAAUAGUGCCCAUCAACCUCAUAAAGGAUGGGGGGCAACAGUUCUCAGAGGAAUUUCAGACCCUGAAUCCCAUGAAACAAGUGCCAAUCCUGAAGAUCGACGGAAUCACCAUUGGCCAGUCACUGGCCAUCAUGGAGUACCUGGAAGAAACUCGGCCCACCCCACGUCUCCUGCCUCAGGACCCAAAGAAAAAAGCCAUUGUGCGCAUGAUUUCUGACCUCAUCGCUAGUGGCAUCCAGCCCAUUCAGAACCUGUCUGUCCUGAAGCAAGUGGGACAGGAGAACCAGAUGCCUUGGGCACAGAGGGCUAUCACUUCUGGCUUUAAUGCUCUGGAGCAGAUUCUGCAGAGCACAGCAGGGAAGUACUGUGUAGGAGAUGAGGUGUCCAUGGCUGAUGUGUGCUUAGUGCCCCAAGUGGCAAAUGCUGAAAGGUUCAAGGUGGACCUCAGCCCCUACCCUACCAUCAGUCACAUCAACAAAGCCCUGCUGGCCCUAGAGGCUUUCCAAGUGUCUCACCCCUGUCGACAGCCAGAUACACCUGCUGAGCUGAGAGCACAGCUCCCAAACCAUUCCCCACUGGUACAGGGAAGGGAACGGGGCUCACAUGCUGGGUUAGCUGAACAGGCUCAAAAAAGAGUGAGUUGUAGCAGAGGACUUGAACUUGACCUCUUCCCUCAAGAAGUAGCAGAAACUCUUGGGAGUCCAUGGCAUUCCUUUGAGGCUCCCAGUAUUAGAGUUUUCUCUAGAGAAAUGAAAUUAGUAGGAUACAUCUCCCCUUCAACUUCAUCCUUCCUUAAUCCUCUCAUCUGCCAUAUGUUAGGAUUGAGUGUGGGCAGACACAUGACCUGCUAUAAUGGCUAAUGCUGUCAACUUGAAAAAACCUAGUCACCUGGAAGAAGGGCCUUUAGGAACGUGUGGGGGUUAUAUUGGUAAUGUUGCAGUGGGAAGACCAUCAUGGAUGGUGGAGGGUCCCAGAGCCUAUAAGAGGAGGGAAAGAGCUGAGCACUGUUGUGUAGGCUGACUUCUCUUGACUGUGGAUGCAGUGUGAUCAGCCACUCCCACUGAUGCUGUGACUUCCCUGCCAUUGUGGACUGUAACCUGGAACUAUGAGUGAAAAAUAAACCUUUUUUCCUUUA